UGUUCUUAUUACAACACAAAGUGGCACGAGUUGUCUGUGAUGAUUGUAUUGUUCAAUGAAAUCGAACAUUUGAUCUGAUCAGAUUUUAUUUAAAGGGCUUUCACUCGAGUGGGAAUACGAAUGAUGCGUGAACUGAGCCGUAUUGCUCUUAACUAGAGAAAACCGCAGCAUGUGUAGAAAAGAGAUUGACAGUCCCUGGUCCUGGUUGGUUUGCUUUUGUGCAACUGUUAUGAUCGCUUUGAUGUUUGGAAUCUCGCUCAACUUUGGAGUUCUGUUUCCAGUGUUAAUGGAUUACUUUCAAGAGUCACGAGAAAGGACAGCAUGGGUUGGUUCAGUCGGAAUAGCCUUAAUAUUUGUCCUUGGACCUUUGACGAGCAUGUUAGUGAAUCGCCUUGGCUGCCGUUUAACAGCAAUGUUGGGUGGAUUAUCUGGAUCCAUUGGUUUGUUACUCUCAUCUUUUGCUUCAAGUAUUUAUGUUAUAUAUGGGACUUACAGUGUUCUGUUUGGAUUUGGAGGCAGUUGUAUUUUUGUGUCAUCUUAUGUGGUAACGUCACAGUACUUUGAAAGGAACCGAUCCAUAGCAACUGGCAUUCUUGCCUCAGGAACAGGGCUGGGUGUUCUUGGCAUGGCACCAGUUCUUCAAGGCUUGUUGGACUCCUUUGAUUGGAGAAAAACUUAUCGUCUAACUGCGGCAAUUUACUCAGCUGUUUGUGUCCUUGGUCUUACAUUUAGUCCAGUUUUAGCAAAUAGGGGAAAAAAUACAGCUGAGAGAGAAAAUGAGAGACUUGAAGACCUAAAUGAAGAGAAAGGAAGAAAAAUAGGAAAAUCAACCAAGUGGAUAGACUUCUCGGUCUUUAAGGAGAAGGUGUUUGUAGUUUUAACACUUUCAAUGUCAGUUGCCUUUAUAGGGCACCUCACCCCAAGGUUACACUUGGUGAGGUUUUCAGAGGGCCUCCAUGUUUCAGCUGAUGCUGCAUCAAGGCUUUAUAUUUACAUUGGUAUCACAACAUUUAUAGGCCGACUGCUUAGUGGAAUCCUGUGUAACAUACGUGCUGUGAAUCCUAUUUACGUGUUCAUGCUUGGUCUUGCACUAGACGGCUCAUCUGUAAUUUUGCUUACUCAAGCCAAAAACUAUGGCAAUCUUAUAGCAUUUUCUUUUUUCUAUGGCCUGGCAGACGGUUUUGAAAUAGGCACGUUUAACAUUUGCAUGAUUAAUAGUUACACAGAGCCUAGGAAAAGAGCAUCUGCUUUUGGCUUAAGUGCUAUCUUCUAUGGCACAAUGACUGCAGCUGGACCUCCCUUAGCUGGUUUUAUGACAGAUUACUUCCACACUUAUGUGCCAUCUUUUAUCAUGGUUGCUGUGGUAGAGUUUACAGCAGCAGCACUGCCUUUAAUCCUUGUCUGUGACAAAAAACAGAUGAAAUAUAGACUUAAUGAACAUUCUGAGAGAGAAGAUAAAGGUGAACAUCUGAGACCAGUGGUGUGGGAGACAACUUUGUAA